AUGUGUUUGGUUAAGACACACACAGACACAGACCUACAAGACAUGGCCCGCAGGUACGGAAACCAACCUCAGGAGUCAUCACGAGAUGCAUUGGCACGCAUUAUGCGCACCACCCCUACCCCCAUCCCUCGGUUCACACCGAGCAGAGGGCCGGAGCGAUACGGACGCACUUUCGCCAAUCUUGUGGAGGGUAUGAAAAGUCAAGACCGACUCAUAACUCCGGCCACCGAUCAAAGCGUUGCCGGAGUUGGAGGCCUACCCGACCCCACCCAUCACUGGGGUUGCCGGUGGCCGCCGGCGCCGGACACCGCUUCCGUCGCACUGGACACCGCUCCCCAAACCGCCCAGAGGUCCGCCAACACCGCUCCCCAAACCGGCCAGAGGUCUGCCAACACCGCUCCCCAAACCGGCCAGAGGUCUGCCAUUAUACCUGUCCAGCCUUUCCUCAUCGUCACCCUCUUGGCCAACACUACUGACCGGCAACUCAGCCGACCCACUCUGGCCAACACCGGCCACGUCCUCCUCGUAAGCCGUGCGCAACAGUGCGGCCAUGUCUGUCAGCUGUACGUCCCGGAGCUAAUCGUAAGGCACAGAUGGAGGGAUGAGUGGCCGGGGAAACGGCCCAUCGGACGGGUGAGGGCUGACCUGUUCGGGUGGCGGUGUGAGUGGGCUCGGCAUGGGUUCAAUAGCAGCCGUGUCUGCGCUGUACCUAUGGUCCGUGGGCGGAAACUGUUUCCGGUGGCCAUCGGUGGCCAAUCCUUCCCAGUAGUCAAUACGAUCCCUAAUAGGAUAAGCAUAGGUCGGCUGUUCGCGGCUGAGCUGUCGCUGUGUCGACCGGCAUGUCUUGUCCAAAGGGUACGGCUCGACCAACCGGUGGCCCGAAAAGGCCAGACUCGGCCAAUUCGGUUGAGUACAGGGGCUGCGAUGUCGGGGCACGAGUAUAGACCGGUGCGUAGCCAUAAGGGGCCGGUUGUGGCGCCAAUAACGGGCCCGAUAUGUAGGGCACAUCUGUGUCUAUUAGUGUUGGAACAAAACUUGUCGGCUCUACCGGUGUCUCAAUGUGUUGUAAGUUACCGAACGGUUCCCCCGAAGCGAAUCCAUGCGCUGAACCUGGUUAAGACACACACAGACACAGACCUACAAGACAUGACCCGCAGGUACGGAAACCAACCUCAGGAGUCAUCACAGGAUGCAUUGGCACGCAUUAUGCGCACCACCCCUACCACUACCCCCAUCCCUCGGUUCACACCAAGCAGAGGGCCGGAGCGAUACGGACGCACUUUCGCCAAUCUUGUGGAGGGUAUGAAAAGUCAAGACCGACUCAUAACUCCGGCCACCGAUCAAAGCGCUGCCGGAGUUGGAAACGUUUCAGAGUAUAGCUACCCGACCCCACCCAUCACUGGGGUCGCCGGUGGCCGCCGGCGCCGGACACCGCUCCCGUCGCACUGGCUCCCCAAUCCGCCCAGAGGUCCGCCAACACCGCUCCCCAAACCGCCCAGAGGUCCGCCAACACCGCUCCCCAAACCGGUCAGAGGUCUGCCAACACCGCUCCCCAAACCGGUCAGAGGUCUGCCAACACCGCUCCCCAAACCGGCCAGAGGUCCGCCUGAAGAGCUGGCACUGGGCGGGGCUGUUGGCGGAGUGCCCGCAGUGGGUGAGGACUACGUGCCCACCGGUGAGACACCAAAGCUACGAGAAAGUCAAAAGCCAUGGCCGCAGUUGAGGGGUCGCUACGAGUUCGCGGCCGACACCUACCAGACCGCGCGUACGGGCAAUACGACGUCCGGUGAGCUGAACGUGAGCAGCGAUGAGUGGCCGGCCGGCGUCUUAAGACGUGUGCCAGUGGCCCAACUCCAGGCUAAGACUAAACGGGAUUUGCGGAAACUAAAGGGUAAGGGCUUUGACGUGGCCUACAUCGCCAAACAAUCACUUGGCCGGGGCGCGUUUGGCCAGGUGUUCAGCGGUGAUUAUACCAAUCAGAUCGAGGUGACAAAGCGCACCGAACAGGGCCGCUACCUGAGCGAUGUCAAGUCGGGCGAUCGGUUCGCGGCCAAGUAUGUCCAGUUCCCGCCCACUAGUGAGGCCAGCGAUCAUCUCAACUAUUUCAUCGAGAAAUGUGUAUUGAAAUCACUGCAACACAAAAACAUUGUCGCCUACAGAGUGGCCAUCAAUUUGGGCCGAAAAGUGAUACUUCGCAGCGUAUCGGGUGACCCGUCGCAGGACAUUGUCUCCUGUAGGCGAUCGUUUUUGGUCAUGGAGUGCGCCGACCAAGGUACUCUCAAACAGUUUGGCGUCGCUGGCCGUCUCACCGAUCAGUUGACGGUGCAAUUUACCCGGGAAUUGUGCACCGCCAUGGCUUAUAUGCACGGCAAAGGGGUCAGUCACGGCGACGUUCACGCCGGGAACAUGCUGGUGUUCAGCGCACCCGGCGGUGGGUAUAGCGCCAAAUGGUCCGACUUUGGUCUGGCGGUGUCCCGAAACGUGUUCGCCCGGUGGGGACACGAGCUGUCGCCCAGAGUGAUGUUCAAGUGUGCCAAAGCUGAUGCCAAAUAUCUACAAUGGGUGAUCCAAUACAUGUUGAACACGUGCGCCAACAAUCCAGUUACUACACAGUGUAGGAUGUUUUCCGGACAACAUAAUGAGACAACAGUAAACACACAGGACAUGUGCAGCGCACAGGGAUCGCCUGCUAUGGCCCAACCAUACGUCCCCACCGGACGCACAUCACCCGCACGGGAGAGUCAACGACCGCACCGGCGGCUACAGAGUCUCUUCGAGAUGGCGCCCGACGACUAUCGGACCAGUUGUACGGGCGAUACCGCGUCCGGCGAAGUAAACGUAAGCAGCGAUCAAUGGCCGGGCGGGCGCGUAGGCCGGGUGUUGGCCCGUGUGGUCGCCCUGACCCCCGCCGCCCGACUCAAGCGUAAAACCAAACGGGAUUUGGCCAAACUAAGGGACCGGGGCUUUUCUGUUUUGUACACUAAUGUAGGUUCGUUGGGCGCCGGUAUGUUUGGUCAGGUGUUUGCCGGUGUAUAUACACAACAGAUAGAGGGUAUUAAGUGUACUAAACAAGGUCAGUAUUUGCGCGGUUGCGCAGCCGGGCCAGUAUUUUGCAGCCAAUAUGUCCAGUUCACGGCCGACACUGAUCCACAGCAACAUCUUAUACACUAUAUUGAGAAAAAUGUAUUGAAAUCAUUAAGUCAUGAGAAUAUUGUCGCAUACAAAGUGGCCAUUAAUUUAGGCAAAAAAGUGAUUCUUUGCAACCCAUUGGGCGCCGACAUUGUGAGUCAUAUGCGCAUGUUUUUGAGACGUGGACCUCUAUCACCCGGUAAAGCCGUACCAGUGCGGACCGACCAAAGCCCGGCCACUCGCCCGCCCGCCGAUAAUGCCAUAUAUAUCGGAGCCUUAGAGCAUAUCAAUCGUCUACAGCGGCAAUACGCGGAGGCGCCCCGCGGUUAUGAGCCAACCCACGCCCUCCCGGACCACACACUGUCCGGCGAAGUGCACGUCAGUAGCGGCGAUGAAUACAGCGGUUGGUUGGGAGGUGUGGUGCCCACCCGUACCAGUGCGGCGGUGUUGAGGCGCAAGACUGAGCGCGAUGUGGCCAAACUGUAUGACCUGGGUUUUGACUUGAGAGUGGACUCCGCCGGCCAGGUAGGUGAAACUGGUCAGGUGUUUGUGGGCGUAUACACCGCACAGAUCACAGACAUCCAGAGAACAGACCAGGGCAAAUAUCUACGCCACGUACGGCCCGGACAACCGUUCGCAGCCAAAUACGCUCAGUUGGCCACCGAUACCGAGCCCUACGACUACUUGUGCCACGUCGUUGAGAAGGCUGUGAUGAAAGCGCUGAGCCAUCCAAACAUUAUGGCCUACAGAGUGGUCAUUAAUUUAGGCAAACGAGCGAUACUUCGCAACGUUUCGGGUACCAAUUAA